GAUGCUGUACCAUGCGUCGCCACUCGGGGGACCCAUUGCUCUUGGCAUCCGAUGGGGUUCCCCGUUAUUAUCAACCUUUCCUCCCCUCUGCUUUUCCGCCCCCCUCCCCAGCUCAGAUCAGCUCAGUACACUACUGUACUCUCUCCAGUCAUCCAGCAGUGGCAGCAAGCAACACAAAAGUGCUUACACACUCUCCUCGCAGCUUCACUUUCUGCUUCGUAUAAAACAGCCCGUUUGCCAUCAAUCAUGGCCGCCGGAGUACAAAUCUAACUCCCCGUCUUUCCUCCCUGUCGCUUGGACUACUGUCAUUUUAUUAUUUAAAUUUUUUUAUGCUCGUUGCAGGAAGAAAUAUCAUCCGAUUUGUUUUUUUUUUGGAUUACAAUACAUUUCACAGGGGAAAUACCAUUCAUGUCAAUACUCCAAAAUGCAGCCGCCGCCGAGGAAGACGGCCGGAUCGGACCCUUGGGUCUUGACUUCGACAGCGGUGGUCUAAAGAAUAACAUGACAUCAGCUAUGGGAAGUUGAGCUACACCCACAUCGAUCUCUGGUUAAAGUGACACAGGAGCUGAAGAACACGCACACAGACCAGUUGACAAGACUGCACUUUAAAAAUCAGACUGAAUGUGACCUGCUGGAAGACAUGAGGAGCUACAGUCUGAAGAAGGGACAACUUGAGAGGGAUUAUGCACAGGCUCUGCAGAAGUUAGCCAGCCAAUACCUAAAGAGAGACUGGCCUGGAAUCAAUCCUGAUGACCAGAGAACAGACUACAGGAAUGUGUAUGCAGUGUGGCGGUCCUACUUAGAGGGUACAGUGCAGGUGAGCCAGUCCAGACUCAAUGUGUGUGAUGACUACAAGAGUCAAGUUUCAGAUCCUGCAAAGACGGUCAGACUCUACAAGGAGCAGCAACUAAAAAAGAUCAUCGAUCAGUUAAGUGGCAUUCAGGCAGAGCUGCAGGAGUCGGUGAAGGAAUUGGCGAAAGCCAAGAAAAAAUACUACGACUGUGAGCAGGUUGCCCACGCGGUACGAGAAAAGGCGGAUAUAGAAGCCAAGUCUAAACUGGCUCUUUUCCAGUCAAGAAUUAGCUUGCAAAAAGCGAGUGUAAAGUUGAAAGCAAAGAGAAGUGACUGCAACUCGAAGGCAACACAGGCCAGAAAUGACUAUUUGUUAACACUAGCUGCCGCCAAUGCUCACCAUGACCGUUACUACCACACAGACCUGCUCCACAGCAUACAGGCCUUGGAUGGCAGGAUCUAUGAGCAUGUGAAAGACUACUUGAUAGCAUUGUGUCGCACUGAGCUCGAAGCCUCACAAGCGACACACAACACCUUCCAGUUCCUGUUGGACAAAUCCACCAGGAUAAUACAAGAGUUCAACCAGCAGUUGUUCAUGCAAGAGAACCCAGUUUUCCACAAAGCACACGACUUCCAGUUCCAGCCAAGCGAGUGUGACAAGACUCUGAGCUCGGUGCCGCAGUUGGUCGACAUUGAGCCUUCACCCGUCAGUGCCAUGAGAAUGACCCUGGCACAGAGUCGUCAGCUGGAGUCAGAGAUGGGGACCACAGAGGAGCACAGUCUGAACAAGGAGGCCAGGAAAUGGGCGACACGAGUAGCCAGAGAACACAAGAAUAUCAUACACUACAAGAGAGUGAGACACCAAAAUUCACUGGAGGAGUGUGAGAGUCAUGGCCUGCCCCCCACUGAACAGAGCAGAGCAGAUCUGGAGAUGAAGAUAGAAGAAUCCAAAGAAAACAUACGCAAAGCUGAGAUGAUAAAGUUAAAAGCAGAAGCUCGGUUGGACCUCCUGCGGCAAGUGGGCGUUCCUGUGGACAUCUGGCUGAAGAGUGCCAUGAACCAGGUGAUGGAGCAGCUGGAGAAUGAGCGCUGGGCCAACUACACUUCCCACGAUCCCUCACUGUCGGGUACAGUUGACCUUGAGCGUGAAAACGGUGACGAGUGUGAAGAGAAUAUGGAGGUUUUUGACGACAGCAGCUCCAGCCCUUCAGGAACCCUUCGCAAUUACCCACUGACCUGCAAGGUCCUCUUCUCGUACAAGGCUUCUCAGCCCGAUGAGUUAACCAUUGAUGAACAGGAGAUGUUGGAGGUCAUUGAGGAUGGGGACAUGGAGGACUGGGUCAAGGCUCGCAAUAAGACAGGUCAAGUGGGUUACGUUCCUGAGAAAUACCUCCAGUUUCCCUCGUCCAACAGUCUGCUGAGCAUGCUUCAGUCACUGGCAACACUGGACGCUCGAUCACACACUUCUUCCAAUUCAACCGAGCCAGAGUUGCACUCUGGCUGUAUCAACGGGGAGGCUAAUCUGGUGUAUGUACGAGCACUUUAUGAUUACGAAGGCCAGGCGGAGGAGGAACUCUCCUUCUCGGAGGGAGCAGUCAUUCGCCUUUUAAGCCGUGAUACUCAGACAGAUGAUGGUUUCUGGGAAGGGGAGCUUAAUGGAAGGGUGGGCGUCUUCCCCUCUGUUUUGGUGGAAGACCUGACAGAGAAUGGAGAGACCGGAGGGGGAGGGACCAAUGACAUACAGAUUUCUCCCUCUGCGAAGCUGCCAUCAUCUCUUCCACCUCUUCCGCUGUAUGACCAACCUCCCAUAAGCCCUUUCACCAGCCCGGAGAGCUCUACCCCGCCGUCUCUCCCACGCUCACCCUCUGUUGCACUCAACGGGGAUCACAAGCUUCCACUGCCCGCCUCGUCACACAAGCCACCAUUAACCACCACCAAUCAAAAUUCUGGCAGGAGUCCAGUGUCACCUGGGUUUCAAACACAGCUGUCUCGAUUCCCCCCUGAAGGAGGUCCAGGAAAACUACGACCUGUGCGUGCUGCUCCUCCACCACCCAAACAGCAGUCCCGCCGACAACACGGGAAGAGCGACAAGGCAGAGGAGGUGGAGAUCACGCUGGUGUGACCGACACACAAGAUGGAACGUGGUUAGACGCACACUCCAUAACACGAUUAACUGAUGGCAGCCUAUAUCCAACUGGCACGGCUCUGAGCUUAAAUAAACUGAUGAAAACGGAACCAAACCACAUCGAACCCAUCGAACAAGACUGUCCCCCUCUCGAGCUAUCCCUCAUUCUCUGUUAUCCUCAAGUGGUGGAAGAGGGAAGAGAGGAGGGCGCUAGAGGCAGGGUGUCCACUUAAAUAUUCUCGGUAUUUUGCUUCCUGAUGAAGUGCAGUGUGCCCUCUCACCUCCUUCCAUUCUUGCCUUAAAACCUCACCUCAUUGGGCAGAGACCCAGAGCACACUGAAGAGGAGGACACGGAAGAAUGUUUGCAGAGGAAAGAAGUGUUUUUCUGACCUUGUUAAGCUUGCUUCUAUUUUUAUUUUUAUUUUAUUUUAUUUUUUUAGCUGCGAAACUGCUGUAUUAUUAUGACACAUAAAUAAUCGUGUUUGGAGAGUUGAUAGAAAAUAAUUUGUACAUUACCUUCAAUCUCUCAAUGCAAUAAGUAUGAGCUCCAACACUUCAUUAACAUGAACAGGUCAGUUUAGGUUAUUGGGUUGCAAACCUGGCCAGAGUUCAUUAUUCCAGCCCGUGUCACAUAUGGAGCCACUGGCCGCUUUCCAAAUGCCCACAGAAGCUGGCUUUUCCCCGGCUCGCUGUCCCCGUGUAAGCGAUCAAUGUGGGGUGGAGGAGCGUGCCAUACAUGGAAGUGCAGAGGGAGGCUUGCUGAAGGCAGUCACACACGUAUCAUACACACAUAAAAGGAAGUUAGUCGCUGCAUGUUAAAACACAUUUUUUAAAAAGUUUUAACAUGGAGAGGGACAUGAGUCUCUUCACAAUAUGAUAAAACAGCUAGCGUAUAUUUGGUUCUCUCAUGAUUGACACCGACUUAUUGUGCCUUUGGUCAUCUUGUAUUGAGCAGCAAGGACAGAGACGUGUGUGUGUUGUGUUCCUACAUUGCAGUAAAUGACAUUUCCUCUUUGCCAUCACAAAAGGCCAAGGAAAACGCAACACACCAUUGUGUUGUCUGCCAUAAUGUUAAGUACAACCCCAAUUCUAAUGAAGUUAGGAUGUUGUGUUAAACAUAAAUAAAAACAGAAUACAAUGAUUUGCAAAUCAUGUUCAACCUAUAUUUAAUUGAAUACACUACAAAGACAAGAUAUUUAAUGUUCAAAGUGAUAAACUUGAUUGUUUUUAGCAAAUAAUCAUUAACUUGGAAUUUUAUGGCUGCAACAUGUUCCAAAAAAGCUGGGACAGGGUCAUGUUUACCACUAUGUUACAUCACCUUUUCUUUUAACAACAUUCAAUAAACGUUUGGGAACUGAGGACACUAAUUGUUGAAGCUUUGUAGGUGGAAUUCUUUCCCAUUCUUGCUUGAUCUACAGCUUCAGCUGUUCAACAGUCCUGGCUCUCCGUUGUCGUGUUUUAUUUGCUAAAAACAAUAAAGUUUAUCAGUUUGAACAUGAAAUACCUUGUCUUUGUAGUGUAUUCAAUUAAAUAUAGGUUGAACAUGAUUUGCAAAUUAUUGUGUUCUGUUUUUAUUUAUGUUUAACACAACAUCCCAACUUCAUUGGAAUUGGGGUUGUACAAUAAAACAACAUUCAAGCAUAUAGGCAACUUUUAUUCCUGAAAAAUGUAUAACCUUCAAAUGUCAAUGUUCCGCUGUAAAAACAAACAAACAAAAAAUACAGUUUUAAAAAAUGAUUGCAUAUGGAAUGAGAAAUUCUUAGCCCAUAACAAGGUAAAAUUUCCUUUCAUCAGUUGAUUGGUGGAAAAUGUUAAGUAUUCUCCUAAGUCAUUUAGUACUUUUAGUGAUGCUUCACAAAAAGUAAGCGUAAUGAGAAUAAGCAAAGGACAUCCACCGCUUGCCAUUUAUAUAUUCUCAUCAUCCUCCAGUACGUAUUUCAUGUUUUAGUACAGUACAUUACUGUUGUUAUAGGAAUGUUAUGCGCAGCGUUUCAUAUUACAGUACUCGGCUAAAUGAGCGGACGAUGUUAUUCUGAAAGCGCAUUGUAAAUAAAGUAGGAAAGAAGGCCUGGAAGGAGGCCAGAAAGGAGACGAGGAAGGGAAAAAAGAGAAAAGGAGAGGCUGGAUCCUCCCUUCUGCUCUUCCCUCCAACUCUUUCUCCGUCUGUUCCGUCUUUCUUCCCAUCUAACUUUUCUCUAAGGUCUGUACUGUUCGUUGGCAGUGAGUGCGACUCUGUGGCUGUCAUUGUAAUCACAUACGCAUACCCUAUGCAGUUAUGUCAUAAUAAAAACAUACACACGCUU